AUGUCCAAAUCGCGUCGGAACGUCAGGUUCCCACGUCGGAUGUCCAACUCCUCUGAAGGUCGCCGCUUGAGCAUCUCGGAUGCCAGCGAUGUCCUCUCCGACCCCGGUAGCCCGGCCAAAGAUGGCAGCGUCACCGCGCCUGCCACUAUUCCCGAGGAGAAAUCCGAGAAACCUCAGUUGUCCGAUUACGAAAAGAAGAAACAGACCUUUAUUACACGUACGAUAUGGACCUUUGUGAUGAUUUUCGGCUUCUUCGUGGCCAUGUUUUCCGGCCACAUUUACAUCAUCGGCAUCGUUACCGCGGUCCAGAUCAUCUCGUUCAAGGAGGUUAUCGCCAUUGCCAACGUGCCCAGUAAGGAGAAAAACCUCCGCUUCACCAAGUCGCUGAAUUGGUACUUCCUGGCUACAACCAUGUACUUCUUAUACGGAGAGAGCGUCAUCUACUACUUCAAGCAUGUGCUUCUGGUGGACCGGGUGCUGCUGCCUCUGGCUACUCACCACCGCUUCAUUAGCUUCACUCUUUAUGUUAUGGGCUUCGUCUUCUUCGUCGCCUCCCUGCAGAAAGGACAGUACCGGUUCCAGUUCACCCAGUUCGCAUGGACGCAUAUGGCGCUCUACCUGAUCGUCGUCCAGGCCCACUUUGUCAUGAACAACAUCCUCGAGGGCAUGAUCUGGUUCUUCCUUCCCGCCUCUCUCGUCAUCACGAACGAUAUCUUUGCCUACGUCUGCGGUAUCACCUUUGGUCGCACCCAGCUUAUCCAGCUGUCCCCCAAGAAGACAGUCGAGGGCUUCCUUGGCGCGUGGAUCUGCACCAUCAUCUUCGGCUACUUCAUGACCAACAUCCUGAUGCGCUACAAGUACUUCAUCUGCCCCGUCAAUGAUCUGGGUGCCAACGUCUUGACGGGUCUUCAAUGCUCGCCCAACCCGGCCUUCGUGCCUCAGCCCUACCAUGUCCCGGAAUGGACCGGCAUGCAUAAGACCUUCCAAAUCGAGCCCAUCCAGUUCCAUAUUCUGAUUUUCGCCACCUUCGCUUCCCUCAUUGCUCCCUUUGGCGGCUUCUUCGCUUCCGGUCUUAAGCGUACUUUCAAGAUCAAGGACUUUGGCGAGUCGAUCCCGGGUCAUGGUGGCAUCACCGACCGCAUGGACUGCCAGUUCAUCAUGGGCUUCUUCUCGUACAUGUACUACCACAGCUUCAUCGCCGUGUUCAAGGCGAGCGUCGGAGAUGUCAUUGAAGCUGCCAUCAACGGUCUGACGGUCGAGGAGCAGCUCGAGGUCGUCCGGGGCCUGAGCAAGUACCUGUACAACCAGGGUACUGUCUCUGAAACAAUCCUUGAUUGUAUCAACACCGAGCUCCGCCGUUAA